UUCUUCACAUCUAAUACUAAAAUCUCUUUUUCUCUCUAUAUACUUUCAUUAGCAAAACAACUCCAAAUUUAAAAUAAAAUGGCUUUUUGGUCACCUGAAAAUGCUACCAAGGCAUACAUCCGAACUCUCAAAAUGGAAAGAAAAGAAAACGAGCCAAACGCAGCAGAAUUCAUAUCAGCACUAGCAGCAGGAAACAAUGCACAAAUAAUGGUGACAGCAAGUGCACAAAAAAUAGUUACACCCAAUUUACUAGCCUUAGUUUCUGCAGCACAACAAACAGGAGGUCAAGUAAUUUGCAUUGUCCAAGACAAAAAUGAGCUAAAAUCAACCAAACAAGCCCUUAAAUCCAAUGCAAAAUUCAUAAAAUUUAUUAUUGGUAAUGUUAAAGAUCUACUUCUGAAUGAGUACUCAUACGCCGAUUUUUUCCUGAUAGAUUGUAACCUUGACAAUUAUGAGGAAAUCAUGCAUGGAAUUAAUGCAAUAAAAAGGGAAAAGAAUGGUGUGAUUUUAGGGUUUAAUGCAUUUUGUAAAGGAUCUUCAUGGCAAUGGAGUGGUUUAAGGACACAUUUAUUGCCUAUUGGUGAAGGUUUAUUAAUUACAAGAAUGGGUGGAAAAAAUAAUAAUUAUAAUGGUGAGAAAAUUGUAAGGAAAAGUAAUUGGAUUGUUAAGGUUGAUAAGUGUACCGGAGAAGAACAUGUUUUUAGGGUUAGAUCACCCAGAAGGAAAUUUGAGAUUGCUGCAGUUUUAUAGGUACAUUUUUAUUUAAUACUAUUAUUUUUAGGGUGAAAUGUAAUUUCAUUUGGUUUUUUUUUUAUCAAAUGACUAAAUUAUAUUUUGAUUUUGUAAGUGUAAAUAUAUUAGUAAAUAUUUUUGAUAUAUAUAUGUAUUCAAUAUCAUGUAGCAUUAUGCAAUUGCUAUUAAUAAUUCUAAU